GGGCAAAAGGUAAAUAGAGAUACGUACCGGCCACUGAAACAACGGCGUCUUUUAUCUAGUGAUCGUAUUUCAUUUGGGAUUUUACUUUGAAAUCCAAAACCCUAAUUGCUUUCGUUUCCAUCUGUACAGAACUAUUAGGAAGUGAAUAUGAGUUCUAUAAGUGAGGAUGUAGACGACAGGCUUAGCGGGUUGCCCGAAGAGAUUCAUUCGCACAUACUCUCUCUAAUGCCUACAAAAUAUGCGGUACGAACUAGCAUUUUAUCCAAAAGAUGGAGGUACAGUUGGAUGUUUGUCACAAACCUUGACUUUGAUGAUAUUCAUAUUGAUCCCAUCCAUAUUGUGGAUCGGGCACUUGAGUCUUACCAAAUGUCCAAAGUUGAAUUAUUUCGGGUACACUUUUCUAAAAUUCGUGCCCCUGAGUCAAAGGUAUCAAGUUGGAUUGAUUGGGCGGUCAGGUUAAACGUACGUGAGCUUGACAUACACGUUAUCCGGCUUGAGUUGCCUUUAAGCCUUUUAACUUGCAAGACACUUACAAAAUUGAGCAUAGGUCUUAGUGGCCGUCGGUACAAUGUUUUGGGGCCUCAGUCGCCUGUCAAUCUUCCUUGCCUGAAAACUCUUGACAUUGUUUUGUGGAAGACUCCUUUUCUCAUUGCGUUUAACCUUAUUCAUGGUUGUCCGGUCAUUGAAGAUUUAUCAUUGGAAGUAAAAGACUGCGGUGAUGAGAAAUUGUUCAAAUACAAUAUCCCUACUUUGAAACGGCUGAAACUAACAUAUGCAUAUGUUAUCAACGAUGUUAAAAACACAGUUGUUUUAAAUGUCCCUAAUCUUGAAUACCUAUUCGUCGGUGGCGUAUUGUACUCGUCUUUUGUCAUGGAAGAUUUGUCGUCUUUGAUCGAGGCAUCUGUUUCAAUUCGUGAAACAACAGAUUGUUCUCUGUUGGUUGAUCUUCUUAAAGGAAUUAGUGGAGUUCAAUCGCUAUCACUUCAAUAUUUUCCACAUCGUCAACGUCUGCCCGUCUUUUCGAAUACAAAGCACUUGGAGUUGAAGGAUCUUUGGGAGCCUAAACUAAUCCCUAAAUUACUCGAUCGUUUUCCCCGGUUGCAACAUUUAUGUAUUGAAAAGCCGAAAGAAUGUCUUUGGCGUGACCCGAAGUGGGUUCCUGCUUGUAUCCGGACGAGCCUUACAACCUUGAAAUUUUCAAAAUGCAACGGUAGGAAGUAUGAUAUGGAGCUUCUGAAAUACUUGUUGAGGAAUGCAGAGGUUUUGAAGACGGUAACAAUCACUUGGGAAGACUUACACAAAGAAGAAAAACGGCGGUUCGCUGCACAAAUGCAUAAUUUUCUUAGGGCUUUCUAGGUAUUGUGAGAUCCAUUUUAUUGGUAAUUAGUUUCAUUCUACUCUACUUGUAUGAAAUGAUUGUCAUAUUCAUAUAUAGAUUAUUGAAUGGCCCCCUUAUUUUUUGGAGCUUAAA